AUGCCAUGCUUUGCUCAUACAUUAAACCUAGUAGCAUCAAAACCAUUUGACAAUAAGGAUGGACUAGACGAAGCCAAGAAUUUAUUAACAGCUGUUAAAGAUAUUACUAAAUAUUUUAAACAAAAUACAAAUGCUGCUGACUCUUUAAAGAAAGCUCAGGAUCACCAAACAAAGCCUUUGGGGCUUAUUCAAUCUGUGUGUACCAGAUGGAAUUCUAUUUUUUAUCAAUUAGAACGAUUUGUUGAGUUAUCCGAAAUAAUUGCGCCAAUAUUACUCAAGUAUCCUAAAGCUCCAACAAUGCUUACUGCACAGCAGUUAGAAUUCAUAAAAGAUCUUAUAAAUAUAUUGAGACCAUUAGAAGUAAUAACUAAGGAAAUAUCUGGAGAAAACUAUGUUACAGCCAGUAAAAUUAUACCAAUCGUAUCUUGUCUGACUGAAACAUAUAAUACAAUGGAAAAUUCAACCGAUAUUGGUGCUAAAACACGAACUUUAAUAGCAGACGGCCUUAAAAAAAGAUUUGGAAUGGUCGAACAAGUUCAUUUGUUAGCUGCUGCGACCAUUUUAGAUCCUAGAUUUAAAAAAAUUCAUUUUACUGACCAUGUCGCCUGUUCUCGAGCAAUAAAUAGAAUAAACACUUCAAUUUUAGAUAUUACGCGGCAACAACUUCCACAAAAUAAUAGCGAAGAAGUCGACGCCAUUGAAGAGACUGGUAAUGAUAUGAAAAAAGGAAUUUGGGAUUUUCAUAAGUUGCUUGUGAAAAAGCAACUCUCUUUAUGUACUGCACAUGCACAGGAAACCGUGAUGUAUAUGAGUAUCGUAGGAUCAUCUGUUCCUUGUGAGCGCCUUUUCUCAAUUGCCGGAAACAUCGCAACAGAUGAGCGAAACCGCUUGGAUCCCUGUAGACUUGAUAGACUGUUGUUUUUAAAAAGUUUAGAAAUUAAGCAUUGGGAACUAUAA